CAAUAAAGAAGUUGGCAAAGUUUAUUCUAAAUUUAACACUCUUACACAAGCGUGCGAACUGAAAGCGACCUCAUACUGACAACGCCUAUUUGCCAUUGUCUGCAACAGUGAAAUAAUUCUGCCUUACCCCGCUCUCGUGUUAGUCUAGGGGUACAAGUCGGUUGACAGGUACUAACGAGAGCUAUGGCGUUCCGUGUUCUCCUCACCUUGAUGGCGUUGGCGUUGCCGUACGUUGUUGACGGUCACUUGUGCUUGAUCAGUCCUCCGCAACGAGGGUCUAUGUCUGGCCUUAACAAACCAGGAGCCACGGAUUGUGGCCUCACCCAAGGGCCGUGUGGAGGCCGGUCUGCCAAGACACCUACCAUAGCGCUUAAGUCCGACACGAUAUAUCCUCUAGUCUUCCAGAAGAACCUUGACCACUACACUGAGACUAGUCCGGGCUAUUUCAACGUUUUGAUGUGGGACCCUAUGAAGAAUACCAGUACGGAGUUGCUUGAAAUACCAGACGAAGGGGAGCCCAGUCUUCACCUUUACACAUAUGAGAUUACCAUUCCUUACGUGGGAAAAGUAAACAAAGGUGUGAAACGAUACUUGCAGGUUACCUAUGUCACGAAGAACAAGAAAGCACCGGCUGAAUUUUAUCAGUGCGCGGACUUAUACAUUGUGUGAAGAAAGCAGUGUAUUAUCUAUGAUAAACCCCAGAUGUUAACACACCAAACACCAGUAUAAUGCUUAGAAACAGUCCAGGAAAAAACUUUGUAAAUUUGUUCAGUAACUUGACAAUUUGUCGUCUUUGGAACAGGGAGUUCCUAGAACCAUGCGACCCAAAGGGCCAGCUGGUGAAGUUCUAGGAAAAGCCUGUUGAAUUAAUAUGAACAUAUGCAUAUUUUUCAUAUCGGCCCACAACAAGUGUAAUCGAAAAUUCUGAGGCCGCAACUAUUUUAAGUAUGCAAUCUAAGUAAUAACAAGAUGAUAUGCUAUAUAUCGAUUCGUAUAAGGUUGUUAGCUGCGUCUCCCCAAAUAUAUAAUUAAAUAUACAUCUGGAUUAACUGAAAACUAAAAUUUACGAAACAAA